AUGGAGCAAUAUCGAUACGAGAGUCUACCUUCGAGCGACCACAUCCGGGUUGUUACCAUCCACCCGGGACGUUUCGACGAUGACAUAGUCAUCGACCUAGACUCUUCCGUCUCCUACAAAUGGGAGCGGACACAGAAACUGCGCCCUGUCUACGUUGGCGGAGACAAAACCUCAACUAUACUUGUGCGCGAAAACCUCAUCACGACACUCGCCCAUCUCCGGCAUCCCCAUAAGCCUCGAGUUAUGUGGGUAGACGUCCUCUGCAUCGACCAGUCCAACGAUUUCGAAAAGGGCCCACAGGUAGCCCUCAUGGGGAAAAUCUACCGACACUCCACCCGCGUUAUCGCCUGGCUAGGCCCAGAGAAAGACGGUAGCACACGCGCACUCAACACGAUGAGCUGGAUCGGCGUCCAAAUUGAGGCUGACUACUCGCGCUGGAUUGUUGAUCCGUCGGCAAAUUGCAUCCAUCCCAGUUUCCGCGAUCUGGAAGCUGACAUCCCCCUCCGUCCAGAAGAUACGCAGGCAAUCUUCCAUUUGCUUAACAGGCAGUGGUUUGAACGACUCUGGAUCAGACAGGAGAUUCUUUCAUCGGAACCGACUAGUGUUAUCCAGUGCGGCUACUACCAGGUUGCUUGGCCGCUCUUUCGGCGUGCCUUGCUCUGUCUCUAUAUGAAGCGGCGGCCUUGGUCGACAUACGAAGAAAAGCUGUAUGAUCGAUUGAUCUCGCUCCGCGGCCUAAUCGGACAGCCACAAACUGUUGACCUUGGCUUUAUACGGGUAGUCUUUGGUCAGUCUGGCUGCGCCGACCCGCGCGAUCGAGUUUACGCUGUUUUAGAAUUCCUUCCAGAAGCCGAUAGGGCUGUUAUCGGUGCGCCGGACUACACGAAAGACGUCGCGGUUAUAUUCCGAGACAUUAUGCGGCGAUGGGUGACGCACUUUGGUUCUCUCAACCUCCUCAGCCAAAGCGAACCCGGUGCCUGCGACUACCUUUCGUCCCCAUCCGACCCAACCUGGAUCCCAGACUGGUCCAAAAAGGAAGUCAUCUUCGGGCGCAACUACUGGCGAUAUUUUGCGUCCUCGCAGUUUGCAGCUGCCGCCUCCUUCUCCUCGGACAGUCGCGUCUUAACAACCCCGGGAAUCAAAGUACUAGAAAUACGCCAUCUCCAGGCUAUUCCCGUCAUGAGGGGUCGAGACGUCAAGGAAGUCGAGGAUGCGCUUCGUCAGCUGCUUCCUCACGCUGAUGGGCUGGAUGGUACCUACAUCACAGGCGUGAACAUGCUCGAGGCAUACACCCGGACUUUCCUCGCGAACGCCCUAGCUGAGAACGCAGAGCCCUGGCGAGGGGAAGACCCAAUCCUCCAAGAAGCAAUGGAUAUUGUCUCCCAGUUAAAUCAAACCAAUGAUCCUCAGCCUCACCACCCACGAGCCAUGGGUCCCUCUGACGCAUUCUUCAAAAUAUCCCGUGCAAUGCUAGGAGGCAGGCAGCUGAUGUUCGAUUCCGAUGGCUACAUCGGCAUCGUACCCCGUUUGGCGCGGGAAGGCGACUUCAUCUGCAUACUCUUAGGCUGCCACUCUCCGAUCGUCCUACGACCGGAAGCGGAUAAUAUCAUUAGUGGCGAUAGCGGCAUGUUCCGCGUGGUUGGGGAGUGUUACGUGUUCGGUCUAUCAGAGGGAGAAGGCCUGCUCGGUCGACUGCCAGCAAACAUCCGAAGGAAGUUUGGCUCGAAUUCGGACUGGGGGGUAUAUUCAUACUUUGAGAACGUAUUGACGGGACAUAAAUCCUUCGAGGAUCCCCGGCUCCCUUCAUUCCUCCCUCCAGCUGAAUUGGCCGAUUUCCAUAAUAGGUUGCGGGUGAAUCCUAAUGCUACCCUCCGGUUGGCCCCGGAGGGCCUGGGGAAACUGUUUCCUCGAAUGCGGGCUUUUGAUAUUGUCUAG